AUGACGUUUUCUCCUCCUCUCUCUCCUCCUUUGCGCGCGCGCGGUGGUGUUGGUGUAAAUUGCAAAAAGAAUAACAACAACAACGCGAAGAAGAAGAAGAAGAAGAAGAAGAAUUUUUGUCGUCGUUUUGCCACCGCCAGUAGUAACGCUUCUUCUUCUUCUUCUUCUUCUUCUUCUUCUUCUUCUUCUGAAAUCGACGGCACAACAAAAAGCGUGAUUAAAAAAAUCGCGCAAAAGUUACAGUCGGGGGAACUGACGUCUCUGCGAGUCACCGAAAUGUACCUGAAAAGAAUGAAAGAUUCGAGUUUGAACUGUUACGCGAGCGUGAACGAAGAAGACGCUUUGGAACGAGCCGCGGAAAUGGACCGCGAGAGGAUGAAUCCCGAGAGAGGAGAGAAGAAGAGGUCUUUGUUACACGGGAUUCCGAUUGCGGUCAAGGAUAACAUUUGCACGAAGAACACAUACACGACCGCGGGGUCGAAGAUUUUGAGAGAGUAUCGGCCAGAUUUUGACGCGGACGUGGUGAAACAUUUAAAUAAGGAAGGCGUGGUUGUUUUAGGGAAGACGAACAUGGAUGAGUUCGGGAUGGGGAGCACGACGGAGAGUUCGGCGUACGCGCCGACGUCGAAUCCGUGGGACGAGUCGAGAGUGCCCGGUGGGUCGAGUGGUGGGAGCGCGGCCGCGGUGGCAGCGCAGUUGUGCGCGGCGAGUUUAGGAUCCGAUACCGGGGGGUCUAUUCGGCAACCGGCGGCGUUUUGCGGGACGGUCGGGUUGAAGCCAAGUUACGGGAGAGUUUCCAGGCACGGGUUGUUGGCGUACGCGAGCUCGUUCGAUUGCAUAGGACCAAUCACGUCGAGCGUGGAAGAUGCGGCGAUAUUAAUGGACGUUUUGUGUGGUAAUACUGGUGAUGAUAACAACUCGAAUUUGGACGCAAAGUACUUUGAUAGCAGUAACAAUAAUAGUAGUAGUAGCGGGUCGUCGUCGUUCACGGAUGCGAUUGUGAGUAAAGAGAAUUUAGUCGACGUAGCCGCGCCUUUGAAAGGAAAGACGUUCGCGGUGAUUAAAGAAACUUUUACUGGAUUGGACGAAAAAGUUUCCGCGAGCGUUAUGGAAUCCAUAGAGUUGGUGGAAAGUUUAGGAGCGAAAGUGCACGAAGUGUCCUGUCCGACGUUUCUUUUCGGUCUUCCCGCGUAUUACAUUCUCGCGCUUUCCGAGGCGAGCAGUAAUUUAGCGCGAUACGACGGCAUUCGCUUCGGUGCCCAGGAUUACUUGAACAUGGAUUUAGUCGAUUCAAUUAAAAGUUCGCGUUUUGAAGGCUUUGGUGCAGAAGUGAAAAGACGCAUUUUGAUGGGGACAUACACGCUUUCCGAAGGGUACUCGGACGCGUAUUAUAAACGAGCGCAAGAAGUGCGUCGAUUAAUCUACGCUGAAAUGACGCAACACCUCCAAACGUACGACGGCUUCUUAACUCCGGCAACGUCGUCGCUCGCGUAUAUGAAAAACGAGAACCAAGAGCCCUUAGCUAUGUUCACCGGUGAUUUAAUGACGGUAAACGUAAAUCUCUCCGGACUCCCGGCGUUGGUCAUUAGAAGCAAAGAUAGCGCGGAUGAAAACAACACAUUACUUCCAUCCGGAAUUCAAAUCAUCGGAAAGAAGUACGGUGAAGCCGAAUUGUUAGGUGUUGGGCACAUCAUAGAAAUGUUUUCCGCGGAGCGAAAGCUUUAUAAGGACGCGUUCCCGGAAGCAUCUUUGUUUUAA